CUGCAGCUGGUUAGGUCGGUGUUUGGGGGGGAGGUUGUGGGGUUCGUCGAGGGCUUCCUUCUCCAAUGCUGUCUGUCUGUGUGAAUGAGACAGGUGUUUGAGCAUAUGUGUACGUGCUAUAAUCGUUGUUUUGCAAUACAAAGUAUAAGUGAAUUACUUUUAUAUGGCCAUUAUUUUGAUUUACAAGCACACUAGUUGAGAAAUUAAACAGCACCUAGCCUAGUUUUGCGAGAAACGUCUAGCCUAUCUGUAGUCAAAUGUUUUAAAACUUGCCUUUUAUCACCUGUUGUCCUAGUAAACUCAUCAGACAAAAAACAAACAAACAAAAGAAACUGUUCAACGCAUUCCCCAAGUGGACAUAAACAUAUCUUUUUACAAACAAACAAAUGCUGUUUUUUGUGUUGCAGGAAAAAAAAGAUGAAGGGGUCGUUUCCUGCCAUCUAGAAAAGGAAGCAAUAGGUAGGUCACUGUGACAUAUCACCACCUGCAGUGCUGCUAUUAACCACCCAAAUGAGGUAAGUAGAAAAGCACAGUGUGUGAAAAUGCACAUGUAGCAAUAUUUUUUCAGAUUCUGGACUGAAACGCUCCCCUGCUCACCUCUGUCAGCGAAGUGACAGUGACCUUUGAGGUCAACAAUCUCCUGUAAUGCAUGAUCAGUCACCUAUAUGCUCUGUUUAAAGUUUUUACCAUAAAAACUAUUGCAAUACUUCAUCUUUGGUACUCUGCAUGUCUUCAGAUACGUUUUAGGGAGCCACUCACUGGAUUAUACAAAAAUGCACAUGUGCUAUGGGAUAAACAUGGUGGUAAGAGCUUGUGGCCUCUUUGGAAGGUAUCCUGCUCCUUCUGUAGGUAUAAAAAUAAUAAAUAAAAAUAGGCCUGUACUGUGUUUUGAUAAAACAUUACUGAGUUUUUAAUAGCUGAUAAGAGUGUAAAAGAACAAUUUCACAGACAACAAGUUGGUUUCAAAGUUGUGUGUGUGUAUCUAUGUGUGUGUGUAUUUUUGCCUUUGUGUGUGAGAGUGUGUGUCAUCCUCUGUAACUCUCGCUUGUUCAAAGCACCUUCCACUGCUGUCAGAUGAACAGAUACAUCUGCGUGUCUGAGGUGACAGCUUCUCUCCACUCUGCGGGGAAAAGUAAGUCGAUUCAUUUGUUUUAUCCGAUGCAUCAGCAGAAACAGACAGUGUUUACACACACUUAGAGAGUUGAGAAAAAAGAUAGUAUGCCUAAGUAGGAGUCAGUGUGAAGAACAGCUGUAUUUAAAAAAGUAUAAAAGUGCAUUUUCACAUUUUACAGAAGUUAUUCACCCUUUGACACAACUUUAAAUGAGCCAGGAGUUUUCUUAUUUUGAUUUUGUGAUUCUGUGGUAAUGUGUAAUAUUUGAAAUUUUAGAGUAUUGAAGUAAAAAUCCUCAGUUUAAAUGGAGGUUUGAAAUUCCCCAGUUGCUGUUCAGCCAACAUAAAACAGAUUGAAUGUGUAUGUGUGUGUGUGUGAGCCGAAGCUGGGCCGAGGCGUUGUUGCUUUAGUCUGUUCACAAAAACAGAGAUUACAUGUGCUAAAUAUAAAUAGCUGUUUUCAUUGUGUCUUGGAAUAGAAAACCCCAAAAUGGGUAGCUCUUAUCCAGAAAAGUGGUCUAAGCGUGUGUGUUUUUAUCGAUAGUAAGUUUUCCUGAAAUUACUGGAUGUAUUUUUGUUCUGGACUGAAGCGUAUCUGCGAAAUGUUCCUGCCAUUGUCAGGCGAUAUCUGCCUGGGCAGCAGAAAUAGGUUUUUAUCUACAGAACAUGGUUGUAACACUGUUUUCAGGCAAUUUGAUCAUUACAUCCAGUUUCAGAUUAAGCCAAAGUUGACACUUAAAAGGCCUCAUGCCAGCAAAGUCUCACUUAGUUUAGUGCAGCUCAUUUUAAUCAAUAGAAACAGCCCGUUCUGCUAGUGUUAUCUUUGUUUCAUGAAUAACAGUAUUUAGGCUUUAAAAUGCUCACAUAAGUGGUGACAAACUUCACUCUUUGAGUGUUGAUUUAUAUCUUUAAAAGCCUGUUUUGUUUUGGUAGAACACAAUGUAAAUCCUGAUAAAGAAAAACUGUUUAUUUAAAUGUCAGUCUUUUCAGCUGAUGCAGGAAAUUACGCUUUAGUUUGGGGCAUUUCUGCAUCUCUGAUCUGAGGCAGAUCAGCAUCGAAUCAGAGUCUCUAUUUAUUUUAAACUAUGGCUGAAACAAAGACCAGAUUAAGGAAAAGUGAUUUCUUGUUCAGAGUCAGAGGACACAAUGUCUAUUGUUGAAUGCCAAUGGUCUGAAAUGUUGUUCUGUGUACGUAUAGAGAAAUUUCUGGACUUGCGUCAUCCUGAACUGACUUCCUGAUAGCACAAUAUAAAUAGUCAUGACCUGAAAUAACUGCAAUAGCUGCAUAGUUAUCACAGGAAUGUUCUUGAUUUAAUUUGAGCCACGUAAUCUACAGAAAACAAGGUUUUUAUUAGUUCGCGAAUCGAGUCAUUGGCUUUAAAAUGCUCUUCACACUUUUGGUACAUGAGAGAAAAAAAGCUAAAAAUACUCAGAGUUUUUGAGCGAUCAUACGGCCCCUACCUGACAUUAAUGUUGGAACGAUAAUGAAGUCCUGAGUAGAAACAGUUCAUAAGGUUGGAUCUUGAUUAAUUGGCACAGACACAAUUCAAUUUUUUUUUUCAGAUUGAUGAUCUUUUUCUAAUUUUAGCUUAAUUUUAUGAUAACAGGAAUAACACACACAUUUGGAGGAGUUUUUGACCAUUUCAAAAAUUUGCAUUUUGGUGUUUUUUUUUUGUUUUGUUUUUUUAACUAUGAAGUAUAAAAAAAUAGAUAGCGUGCACAAACAGUGCAUAAACAGCAGAAGUGUAACACCUUUGACAUGUUUUAGAUCUUACCAGUUGUGUGACUUCUGCCAGCUCUCACAGAACACAAGAAAUUUAAUGACUUAAUUUAUACAAAAUUGAUUCAUAAUCUUUCACUAAAACAGAAAAGCUUGUCAUAUUGAUAUAAAAUGAAAAAUAUAAUUUAGUCCAUUUUUUUAAGAGAUGAAUUUUCGCUCGAGGAUGAUCCCUUUAAACUUUGGUGAUCUUGUCAUCUUUUCCUCCAAGGCCACGUGCAUAUCACAGGUUUUUACAGUUACCUCAGAUACGAUAGUCUUAUGGGGCAGAGUGGCAUCUUGGGAAACACAUAUUUAAGCUUUAGGCUGAAAGGUCAAAAUUUCCCCUAAUCUUCCAUAUGAUGCUAUUAGGUGGUUUAAAUGAACACCUACGAUCAAACCUCUCAGAGCUCACCAUGCCGCCAUCAGGAUUCAUGAGUAUGAGUCUGCUCCACAUGUUGAUACAGUGAUGCAGUCUCAUUAGACAUUUUAAGAUCUGAGCAGCUCUUGUCUGAAGUUUCGUUCCGUUCUUUACUAUGAAAUCUCCCCAUGAUAUUAAGCUAAUCAAACAUAAUAUACAGCAACUGACCAACCAAUCAGAAUUUUAGUUUGGUGAAUGAUUACAUGGACUGUAAAUGAACCCCACGACCUCAAUCACAUCCUUCUCUGUGGAAAACAAUCACUCGAGCUUGUAGAUUUUGGCCUGUGUUCGUGCUGUACUCCACUGCUUUCAGAGUGACUCACAGGUUGGUUUCCACAGCUCACUGCGUCUCUGUCUGCUUACUCUGCAACUCCUCAUGCGUUCAAGAGGCACAUUUUAAUUAUGCACGCUAUUCAGGUAUUUUCUGUCUUCUUAAGUGUCUUUUUGUGGUCCAUAGGUUUGGAGCUAAAAGAAAGAACUAUGAAAUGAACGUUUUAAUAAGGACCACAAGCUGAGUGAAGACUUGGCUGCUGCUGUCUGUGUUUAAAGUUUUAUGUCUCGCUGGCAAACAACCAGUGGUGAUGAUUUGAACUAAAGACAAAACAUGUGACAAAUUAAAGGGAGUUAAUGACAUCUCUUUAAAGACUCAAGUAAAACAGGUGGUUUCUUAAACCUGGAAGGAUUCAUCGAUUCAUCAUAAGGUGAAAGGUCAAGGUAGGCCAAACUACUCACUGAGCAUUUUUUGGUCUAAAAGAGGUCUAAUAGACAUCUAAAUGUAGCCUAGACAACUGGUCUAAAAUCAGGCUACCACAGGUCUAAAAAUUUAAUCUAAAAAAUUUAGACCAAGUCUAAAUCUGGGCUAUAUCUAUACUACACUGUAUAUUGCUCAACAGCUAUCAUAAUUAUUUUGGUUAAGUACUUGGAGAUUAGUUAUGGGACUCACAGUUGCUUUUUGAAAUAAAUAGUUAUCAAAUAAUGGGUUAAAGUGCAAAAAAUAUACAGAAUCUAGAUGCUUGAAAUUAGAUCUAAAAAAAAACGACGUUUAAUAGCCAUCUAUUGCUCAAUGGGUAAACAUCAAAACUCACAGAUCAGAAGUGAAUUUACACUGAAAUUGAAACCUACAAAUAAAUUCUGAUGUUUGAUGCAGCAUGAGUACUAUAUUGUCAUUAGAGCAGUGUCAUAAUUCAGGUUAUGUUAUGGGGGUGAGUCUGUAUUACACAAAUACUCAAUGCAGAAGUCCUGCAAAAACCUAAUUUUAGUCAAAUUAAAGCUCCCAUAAAGAAGUCUUUACCGCUUAUGAAACAGACUGAAAUAUGUAGCGAUGCCUCCCUACGACCUUCAAGAGCAAAUUCUUGACAACUAUCUUUUUAUGUUUUGGUGCUUUUAUUAGAUAGGAAAGCUGAAGAGAGACAGGAAAUAUGGGGGUAAAGAGUGGAGGAAGACAUUCAGCAGAGAACCAGCAACCGCCGCGUCGAGGACUAUAGCCUCUAUACGGGGCUGUACACUAUACGCCUCUUUCUGCAUUGCGAGACUGACUAUUUCAAUACUGGAAUUUUUAAUGCCUGCAGCUGCUAUAAGAGGGUGGGUAUCGGAAAAUACAGUUGAUAACGCACUGAAGAAACAGUCUUUUUCCAGAAAGGGGAGACUUUGAAAUGACUUACUGCUCGGACACACACAGGACAAGAUCAGCAUGAAGAAAAGAUGUAUAAUAUUGUACACAGGGGGCGCCAAAAUCUGUGGUGAUUUAGACCUUGACAGGAUAAAUGUGCUCAGCUGAUGAGACCCUGUACUGAGUCACAGCUCGUCUUUAAACAUGGGGGGAUAUGUCUGUUUGUCCACACCGUAUGGUCUGGGGGCCUCUGUUCUGGUUAGACGAGGGUCAAACCACAGCAAAGUUUAAGUUUUGUGGCAGCUGUGUGUUUCUGCUCAGUUAUCCACUGUGGUUGGGGCAGAGAAACAGGUAUGUAGCCAGGAAGCUGAGGUUUUAACACCUUAUACCUGAUUUUAGACAGUCAAUUUGAAGCAUAAAAUAUAAACAUACUACAGCUCUCAACUGUUCAGAUUUGACCAAUUUAAGGGUGGUGCAUUUAUCUGACAGGACACGUAAGCAGACUGUCGAGUCUAACAGGGAGACAAAAUCAAGAUUGAGAUUGAUAAAAUACUCUGAAAACUUUUACCUUCUUUGUAUUUUGAUGUCCCUACUUCUGCAUGUUUACAGCGUUAUGAAUGUGAGCUGACGUGUAUGAUCGCUGUCAGUGUUUGUUUUGAACUCCUACAAGUAUUUUCCGUCUGUUAUCACAUAACCGUUCCUUGUUGCAACCAAAAUCUGAUGAUUUUAAUCUCAUUUUACAGCCUCAUGUCACCUCAAACCGUUUUCUACUAAAUCAUCUACAACAGCACACAGAAGUUGUUUUUAACUACAUUGCCUGGUAAAUCCCCUCCAAAACUUCUCUUCCCCAGAGAAGAAAAAUGUAAAAACUUAAAAUUCUGAAGCAGAAGGAAUGAUCUAGAAGUGAAAAUCAGCACCUGCUCAACGGAAGAGCAAGAAGCUGGAGAAAGGAGGCUGUGAGGGCGGAUUGUGACUUCCUGUUGUGGCUUUUUUGUCUCCAGUUGUUAAUCUGCAUGCAUCAGGCAGACACACAGUGUGGGUGCCUCUUGCUAAGAGUCUUAUCCAGGCAUAAAGCACCUAAAGGCUUGUCUGUAGAGCCGAGCUUGCUGGUAAAAUGCUGUUUCUUUGAUAUGACAAACUGUCUCUGCAGUAAUAUUAUCAGCUUGAUCAGAUCUUAGUAUGUUGGGAAGACAAAGACAGAGUUUUGUUGUUCCUACUGAAAGUGUGUCUGUGGUGAUUUUGUCAUUGGUAGAUGAAUAAUUAGAGAAAGUUGAGCAGAGGUUAGAUUGCAUGUGGGGGUUUAAAUGUUAGAUGUAAGAGGUCAUAGACGGGUUUUUUUUAAUCAGUGGGUGUUCUGACAGAACUGGGAAAACUAGAUUCACUCAUUUCUGAAAACUUUCUCCUGAUUUCCUGUGUAGAGUUUGCCCGAGUGCUUUUCUUUUUGUCUCUCUUUCUGCAUCCAGGACUCUGAGCAGUGAUCCAGCUCCCCCCCUCUCCCUGGUCUCACCAUGUCCACUGACCCGGCGGUCGAGCUGCCCUUCUUCUACGGCAGCAUCAGUCGCUCUGACGCUGAGCAGCAUCUGAAGCUGGCAGGGAUGGCCGACGGGCUAUUUUUACUGCGGCAGUGUCUGCGCAGUCUCGGAGGCUACGUUCUGUCUGUUGUGUGGAACCUGGAGUUCCACCAUUACCCCAUAGAGAAGCAGCUCAACGGGACCUACUGCAUCUCAGGAGGGAAGCCUCACUGCGGGCCGGCAGAGCUCUGCGAGUUUUACAGCAAAGACUCUGACGGGAUGGUGUGCGCUCUGAAGAAACCAUGUCUGCGCCCCCCAGACACCCAGAUACGGCCCGGUGUGUUCGACAACCUGAGAGAUAACAUGCUGAGGGAGUACGUGAGGCAGACCUGGAACCUGGAGGUGAGGCCUGCUGCUCCUGAGGAUCAAAACCUUCAACUUCAUCAGUUUACAAUCUUUACAAAUUUAAAAAAGUGAAACAUUUGAAAGAAACAUAAUAACAGAACAAAGGUGUUUAUAUUUCCACUGAGUAAUAGACAACUCAAGGAGCCUUCUGCUGUCAUAUUUUUGGUAUUAGCACUCUACUUUUACAGCAUAUUUAGCAACUAUUUUUGAAAAAGAAUUGAAGCUAGACAGAUUUAGAUUUUAUAUCAAACAGCGUCUGUGAGAUUUACAGAAUUUAAAGCUUUUUGUUUUAUAUCAACUAACUUUAAUCAGGAAGCCCGACAGCAAACCUCUCCUGUUACGAGUUUAGGUUGGGAUUUUCAGGAGUUAUGGUAAAAGAGAGAUUUGUUCAUAAAAAAAAAAUAAAGACAUUAAAUACAUUAAAACAGGUUUAAAAACUUAGAGUUUACUCUAAAUCAUAGAAAAAGUUCAGAUGAUCAAACAAGAUGUACAGGUUUAGGUGAAAUAGUUGAAGGUACCAUGCCAGUCAGUACAGGAAUUUCCUCCCCUGUCGAUAAAUAUUUAGUUAAAUGUGUUACUAUUGUUGGCCUAAAAUGGCAGUCAUAGCAGUAACCUCCUGUAAUGAGAAACAAGGCCUAUGCAGAAGUGCUUGAGGCUGACUCCAAAAGCACCAAAAACCACUUACACUCCCGUUCAGAGAGCUCAUAAAUCAACAUGCUCGUCACCUGGUUAAAAAACAGUUUUGGUCUGAAUAGCUUGUUUCCACAUCGCCCUACACUGUACAAAAAGUGAAUUUAUUUUACUAAAGCUUCAUUUUGAAGAUAUUAAGGCUACAGUUAUUUCAGCAGUAAAGACACAGCCUCCACUCUAAACCUUUAGCUGUUGUUAGGUCAACCAAAAGUUCGGUUGAGAAGGCGUUUUCAGUGUGGCAUCUGCUGCUGUUAGCCAUCAGAAGUUAUUUGGUAUUUUUGUUAUUUGUUAUUUUUAUUUGCACAAAAUUAGACAUACAAUUGAUUGUUGAAGCUACUUCUACUCUGCGAUCUCUUGGUUAGCUGCACACUUUGACAUUUUGCUCAAUUUUGACCGUUUUCUUGGUGCUUUCUUUUCUCUAGAUUAGGCAUGAAUGCUACACAUGUAAGCCAUUGAAAACAUAAAAGUACAUUAUUUGAAAUCUGUUUGACACAAAGUGAGUAUUACUUUUGACUUCUUUACUGAGCUAUCUGGGAUUUUGUGAAGUGAAAAGUGCCUUCAAAAGAGUGAAGGUGUUAUUUCCCAUCAUGGCAGAAGCGGGAAGCAGGAAGAUGCUGCAGCAGCAGCUAAACUACGGUAGCCUACAGGGACAAAGUAGCACAAAAUUACAAAAGACCAACAUAUUCAUUGAAUGUGUGCCACACUAAUUUCACACUACAGAAAAAGUCACUCUUACAUUAUUUCUAAUUAAAGCACAAUGUUUGAUAUAGAUCUGAAAUAGUAAAAUAAGCUUUAAAAUGAAGAGGUUUUUUUGUCCGUGUCUGUCUUGGUGCUUUUCUUUCUCAGGGUGAGGCCAUGGAGCAGGCCAUCAUCAGCCAGGCCCCCCAGCUGGAGAAACUGAUCGCCACAACAGCCCAUGAGAAGAUGCCCUGGUAUCACGGUAAAAUUACCCGCCAGGAAGGUGAGAGGAGACUUUACUCUGGAGCGCAACCAGAUGGCAAGUUUCUGUAAGUUCCUCACUCUGAUGCUUUCUUUUACGUUUCUUCAUCAUUCAGUUUUUAAAAUCUUGAGCAACACUGUUUUUAUUUUUGUUUUUCCUCAGCGUGAGAGACAGAGAGGAGUCCGGCACUUUUGCUCUCUCCAUGAUGUAUGGGAAAACCGUGUACCACUAUCAGAUCCUUCACGACAAAUCAGGGAAAUACUCCAUGCCAGAGGGAACCAAGUUUGACACCAUCUGGCAGGUGAGAGCCACGAUCAUCAGAGAUAAACUAUCAGCCAAAGCCAGAUUUAAAAGCUUUAAUGUGUAGUAAGUUCAUGAUGGAAUAAACAAAAUCAAGCAUGACUGUUUCAGCCACACAUCAGGAUAUACAUACAGGUAGCUAAUCUGAUGUAAGCUGGUGAAGUUCAGGCAGAUGAAGACCCUCAUAAGAGUUACACCACAUACCGAACAUAAGGAGAGACCUUUCAAAAGCAAAGUCACACAUGAGCAGAGAUUAUUUUUGAUUCAGACACGGGACAUGACCUCUCUGGCUGCUGUUGAAUCUAAAUUUCAGUGUUAAUCUUGUCCUCUGUAGCUGGUUGAGUACCUGAAGAUGAAAGCUGAUGGGCUGGUAACUGUUCUCGGGGAGGCGUGUCUUAACGGCAAAGCUGAAAGUACUGAACUCCUUGUUUCCUUUUCUCACAUAUGUAAACAAUAUGAAACAUCUACAUUGGUUUUCCAGUUCAUGAUUGAUUACUUGUUCCAUUUCCAAACUCACCUCUCAAGUUAUUGAUAAAUUCCUUUUUUCUAUCAUAAUCUUUCAGAGGCACCCAGCCUUCCUGCCACAGUGAGUAUUAACCUAAUCCUGUAUGUUAAUUACCUUGCUGUAUUUUCAUUAUAAGAGACUCACUUUUGUGUAACUAUUUCAGAGGCGGGCCGGUCAAAAUGGAUACACACCGCCACCCAAAGGUCAGUCAUAUGAAGUACAACCAACUAAAACAACUCCUUAAUCGAUUUAAUUUUAACAGGAAAAAAUAAAUCUGUAAAUACCAGGAAAAGCCUGCUUUUCCAGUGAAUUAACAUUUUUAAACUUUGUUUUUCACCCCAAAGAUUUUUUUGGGGAAAGAGACACAAACACGGUUACUUUUUAAAAAUUAAUUUCCAUGAUGGUUUUAUUUGGUCAUGAUGUUACAGCACAACUGUCGUCGGAUAUGUCCUGAUGUCCACUACAAAAGACACACAGAAAUACUCAAACAAUUUCGUUUCUGGGUCCCAGGACAGUAGCUCCGUGAUGUGAUAAUAACUCAGCCAGCCAUGCGUUGUUCCAGUUUGAGGAGGCAUUAAUGAAAAAAACUAAGCUGAAGACCAGAUUACUGAUUAAGCUCAAAAGAUUGUUUUUAAAGAUCCUGCUUACAGUUCUAGUUUAGAGGCAAGCACGUCUACAAAAGCCUGUCUGUAGUUUAUUGUUUUUCCACGGAGAAGGGUGUCCUUUAAGGUCACAGCUUUUGUUUUCAACUACGGCAAAUAGGCUGCUUUUAAAGGUAAUAAGAUGUAUGUGCCUUUAUUAAAAUCAUAAAUUACAUUCAUUAUUGCUUAGAAGCUCCCCUUUAAUCAUUGACUUUCAUCUUAACUAUUUAAAGACCCUUCAUUUACUUUAGUUAGAUGUUAAAUAACACAAAAAAGACUUUAAAAGGUUCAGAUUGUCUUGUGAGGAUGAAUCUUUUUUCAUGCACAACAGCUAACAAUGCUCCUUUGCACCGUUAUAACACUUACUAAUGUUUAUAAGGAUUUUAUAAGGUCUCAUAAGUGGCUUAUUAACUGUUAAUAAAUAUUUAUUUCAAGCGCCCUUAUAAAAAGUGCAGCUGAGUUGGGAAGUGGUUUAGUAAGUCAUGAUUUUUGCACCUCCACUUGUCACUCCAGCUGUCACAGCAACAGCAAACAGUGUUCCUGUGGACCGUGACCCUCUGCCGAUGGACUGCAAUGGAUUCAACCCGUACCACAACCCCAAUGAAGUGAGGAAGUUUAACAUAAAGAGGACUCAGCUGCUGAUCGAUGAGGUGGAGCUCGGCUCAGGGAACUUCGGCUGUGUAAAGAAAGGAGUGCUCAAGACUGAAUCGUGAGGAAAUAAAACAACAUUUUAUCAAACUUUUACUUCAGCUCAGUAUUUGAUUUUAAGAUCAGACUUUAACCCAAGGAUUUUGUUUUAUUUGCUCUCAGGGGCCAGAUAGAUGUUGCCAUCAAAGUGCUGAAGAGCGAAAAUGAAAAGACUGUGAAGGAGGAGAUGAUGAGGGAGGCAGAGAUCAUGUACCAGCUCAGUAAUCCUUAUAUUGUCCGCAUGCUGGGGCUGUGCAACGCUGAGAGCCUGAUGCUGGUGAUGGAGAUGGCCUCUGCUGGACCUCUCAAUAAAUACCUCUCCUCACACAAGUGAGUUCAUUUCACAGUUUAUUAGGGACUCCAUCUGGAUAUAGAGAAUUACAGGUGAAUGAAGCUACAUGUUAAUGUUACAUGAAUGUGAAGGAUUCUCUGGAGGACCAUUUUAUUUUGUUACAUAAUGUAUUUAAUGUUCAGAAUACUCACUGUCCUUUAUUUAUAAACCAGAGACACAAAAACAAAAACAUUUUAAAACUAUUGAAAUAGAUAGAAUCAUAUUUCACUUCAAUUCUCCACAAGCUUGGCAAAGUCAAAUUUAUUUUAUUGAUUUCUACUCAUACGGACACAGGAUUGCCAUAAGCAAGUCUAUAUAUUUUACACAGUAUUGAAAUUGAAAUUUAUGCAAUUUUCUAACCCAGACAGGUUCAGUUGUAUGGCUUGAAAUGCAGAGCUCAAUAUAAUGUAGUCUAGACAUUUCAUUAUGCUAAGAGCUGUUGAACCAAAAGAGGAUUUUACUCCUCGGAUUGUUUUAUUUGUUGGAUUUUCUAUGAGCAGUUACAAUCAUCAAAGUGAUUUACAAUGGUAUUCUGUCUCCACAGAGAUACUGUAAGUGUGGAGAACAUUGUUGGCCUGAUGCACCAGGUGUCACUGGGAAUGAAGUACCUGGAAGAGAAGAACUUUGUGCACAGAGACUUGGCGGCUCGUAACGUCCUGCUGGUCAGCCAGCAGUUCGCCAAGAUCAGCGACUUUGGGCUCUCCAAGGCGCUGGGGGCGGAUGAUAACUAUUACAAGGUACACGCAAAGGCAGAAAGACCUCAUGUGUGUUUCACUACAGGACAAAGUUACAAGAAUGUAGAGAAGAUUGACAGAAGUACAAACAAGGUAAUCUAGCCAUAUAGAUAAAUAGAUCAAUGUUAAAAAAAGGUCUACAGGUGAGUGUUAAAAAUGAGAUCUAGUCACACAGAUCUACAGAUAAAUGUUUGAAAAUAAGAUCUAGACACGUAAAUCUACACAGAAAUGUUUAAAAAGGAGAUCUAGUUACACAGAUCUACAGAUAAAUGGUAAAAAUUGCAGAUGUGCAAGUAAGGUGUGCUCAUAAGCUUACAUUGUUGUCAUUCAGCAAAAGUUAUAAGUGGUAAAUAUUCAUUUUUGUCAAAAUAUUCCAUGAAAAUUCUGCAUAACUAUUGAGAAUGAAAGUCCAUUUUAGACCCCUGUUAAAACAGAUGAUAACUGCCUUUGUGAAUCAUCUACAUGCUCGUAGUACUCAUAACUUUUGUUUCGUACAGGCUCGUUCUUCAGGUAAAUGGCCGUUGAAAUGGUAUGCUCCAGAGUGUGUCCACUACCACAAAUUCUCCAGUAAAAGUGAUGUGUGGAGUUUUGGUGUCACCAUGUGGGAGGCCUUUUCCUAUGGCGGGAAACCUUACAAGGUACCAUGCAUCUCUCCAUCACAGUCAGGACUCACCCUCGAUUUAAAUGCUAUUACAGCUCUAUUUACGUCUCGCCUUUCUGCAGAAAAUGAAAGGAACAGAUGUUAUGCGCUUUAUUGAUGAGGGGAACCGCAUGGAGAGUCCACCAGCAUGUCCAGAGAGGAUGUAUGCAGUGAUGAAAGAAUGCUGGACUCACAAGUAAGGCACUGUUUGUCUCCUGUUCAUAUUUAUUAAACACUAUCAUCACCUGAAGAGUGGUACGCUCAGUCUCCUGGAGGGCUAAAAGAAUAAGAAGGGCCCCUGUUCUUUGACAUUUGGCACCAGUGCACAUCAAGCUGUGUUUAAUGGAGGUCUGCUUCUGGCGGCAGUUUAAAAACAGUUUGAAAGCCUCUUGGAUUUCUGUAAUUUUAACAGCACAUUUAUGUGGUGCUAGAAAAAAAAAGAGAUCUUUUGCAUUUGUCUGACACAAUCUGGACUUUUCCUUUACAAAUAAACACGUUAGUGUGACUGAAAUCCCACUAAGUCAAAUUUCUCAAAGUUGUCCUAAAAUACCAUUAUGAUGCAUUUGAAGCUUUAUUUUCUCUGGCAUGUGUUCACUCUAAUUAACACUCUGUACUGUACAUGCUCUAUAAGUUGUACACCAGGUUUUGACCUUGAAGUCAAACAGCAUGAAUGUGUCCAAGAAAGCUGGGUAGAGAUCAAAACCUCACCUAAGAAAAGAGCUGUAAAUUUGUCCAUACGUUUACUGUUUGAUAUUCAAUCAGUUAUAUUCUUGCUAACUUAUUUCUCUAUUGUUUUGUUUUGGUAUGUGACCAGGUCAAUAAGUCAACUGCAAGAAGGUCUGUUAGUAACUAGCUGAAAGUAAGCAUAAUGCCACCAAUGGAGAUGGACAAACUUUGGUGAAUAAAUUGGUUCUUGCCCAGUGCUUGCUUACCUACACAAGGGAGAAUGGACCAGUUCAAUUGCACCUGCAAAUACACCUAGUCAGGCACAUGCAAUAAGAGGGGAUCUUCCCUCUUGACCCCCACAAGCACAUUACUGCACAUGGAGCACAACUGUACAAUAUUAAAACAGUAUUGAAGCUGUCCUCCCUGAAAGUGACAUAGAAAAGUGGUGAUGUGGGAACACGGUCGACCACCCUCUGUAAAUCCCAAAGCUGAUCUAACCCUCCUUCCUCCCUUCUCACCAGACACGAGGAUCGUCCUGACUUCAAGAAGGUUGAAGAGUCCAUGAGGUCUUAUUAUUACUCCAUAUCCAACAAGGCCAAGGCUGAGGAAGCUGCAGCCGCUGCUGCUGCUGCUGCGCCUUAAUAAACCGAAAACAAGGCACUUUCUGUCCCAGUGCUGCACAAAGCAUCCUUUCAACCAGCCAUUAAACAACCAAAACAAAGAGCUUUUUAUGAUUGCUGCACACUGACCAGUUUCAACUACAGAACUAAUACGGCUGAACAGGCCUCAGAGACAAUAAAUGUGCAUUUGUAAAUUGGACUUCAGUGUGUCAGCCAUGUAAGGGGAGCCUGUGUCCAUCUGUCGACGAUUGAAUGUCGACGUUGUUGACGUCUUUACAUUGAUGAAAUAUCUUAUUUUGUAUUCUGGUAUUUAGGAGUAUAAUGAGAGUGUGGUGUGCAUUUCCAAGGUAAUACUUCAGAGUAUGCCAAAACAUUGCAGUAGUUUGUAGCUUUUCUUUAUGCCAGAUCAUAUAAAAAGAGGAAGCGAUAAAAUUGUACUUUUGUAUUCUGGUUUCUAACCAUUAAUCAAACUGAGUAUUUCCUUUUCAUUAUACUCGAAUGUGAUUCAUUUUGUUAACUGAUUGUGCAUGUUUUCUCAUCAAACCUAGUUAAAAUAAUUCACUAUGACCAUUAUAUGGAGUUAUUGAUGCAUUUUAAGUAUAACCCAUACAGAAGUUCGGUAAAUCAAUCACUUAUAACUUUUACUGUCGACUUACUGGAAAGAUGACCAACUUGCAGAAUGAGACAAGAACAACAUAAAACCCCCAAAUUUGACAAAGUGCAAAACUAAUUUUGGGAAUUACACCCUGCAUACAUGCCUUGUACAGGCUUCCAAAGCAUCAUGUGCAAGUUCUCGAGUAUUUUUUUGUUGUAAUGUCUUAUUAUGUCGCUUCGUGCUAAGGUGUUUUUUUUUACUGAUCCCACACUGUGCCCCCCUAUGGGAGCAGAGUUUGGAGUUGCCUUUUUUCCCCCUCUUCUUUUCUCCUGUUCUCCUUUUUCUCAUCUAAGAAGGGAGCGCCAGUCAGGCUGGUGAUCCUACAGUUCUCCUGUUCCUGUCACCCUGUAUGCAUCUGUCUACUGUAUGUUUCUUGGAAAGGAUGAACUGUAAAUAGGAAUUUCGCCUUGUAGGACUAAUAAAGGAGUAUCUUAUCUUAUCUUAUAUUAUUAUUGUCACUGCUACAUUCAAAUGCCAUAAAAUAAAAUGACAGAUGUCCAAAUAUAAGCAGUUUUCAAUUUAUUUUACAUUGUCAGCAUAAAUCCAAAUAGUCUAAAGGUGUUGGAAUACAGUUUACAAGGGUAUGAAUAUCUUUCAGGAUUAAAAUCUCGAUUUGAAAUGAUUUGACAAGGGUAUUAUCUUUGGUUUUCCUGUCAGUGAGCCAAACAUGAUCCCAUUUGGUUUAUUAUGACAUCCACUGUUAUAAAAUUAAUGCGGUCAGCCAGUCAGGGGCACUCACUGACAGACUGUAUCACAGGAAACAUUUUUGAGCUCCCAGGCAACACUGACCGGAAACUGUGGAAUUACUCUUCAAAAUAAGAGUGGAGAGAUUUUGUCAGAAUUCUGCAGUGUGAAUAUUGGUGCAUAUUGAUAUCAUGGACUUUAAAGGGAUAUUCCGGCGUAAAAUUAAUUUGGGGACUGCAAUACACAGCAGUCUAUAGAACCACACACAAACCUCAACCAAAACGCCA